UACGGAAGCGGAACAUUUUUGCUUUCGAUAGUUGCACCCGGAACUAUUUCUCUGGUACUCCACCAUGGCCGCCGUGAUGAAGGCACAUGUUGACGUCCUGGUAGAUAAUGAUGAUACAGGCUCUGCUUUGGAGGACACAAAUGAGCUGAGGAACUCAGAAGGAGAAAGUGAUGAACAAAUGUCAGCUAAUGAAGAAUCUGACGAAGGGAGUAACGUGGAGAAUGAAGAUGGAGGCCUGGGUGAUGAUGAUGACGACGACGAUGAUGGUGGUGGUGAAGAUCAAGGCAAUGCUAACGCUGGCUGGGCACAGGCCAUGGCCCAAAUUUUGGGUAAAAAACCCAAGAAUAAAACCACCAUUUUGGCAAAUAACAGUCAACUAAAAAAAGCGAAGGCAAAAGAAAAAUUGGAACAGCAGGAGAGAAGAAAGCAGAUUGACAAAAAGCGAGCGUGGGAGAUGAUGUGCAGAGUGAAACCGGACAUUGUACUGGACCGUGAGGCUGAAAGGGCUCUGCAGAGAACUGCCACCAGAGGAGUCGUGCAGCUAUUCAACGCUGUGAGGAGUCACCAGAAGAAUAUUGAUGACAAAGUGAAGAAAGAGGCUGGUGGCUCUGAGAGGAAGAAGGCCAAAAUACUUUCCUCUGUUUCCAAAAAAGACUUCAUCGAUGUACUGAGGCGAACAGACGGUGGCAGCAGCGUCAAAGUCAAGGAAGAAAAGAGCGCUACUCAGGCGGAUGAGAAACCUGCAUGGAGCGUCCUCAGAGACGACUACAUGAUGGGGGCCACUAUGAAAGACUGGGACAAACAGAGCGAUCAAGAGGAAACUGGAGGGAAAGGUUCAGAUGAAAAUGAUUCAGACUGACACCAUGCAUGGAGACUUCAGUGACUUUUUUCGCAACAUUGUUGACUGAAAACACAAAUGACACAACACAUCCAGAGGACUGUAAAGUCACUGGCCUGCAGGGGGCAGACUUGGUUCUGUUGAGGAAAAAAAUUAGACGAUAUCAUCAGACUAAGGCCUAUUCUAAAAAGAUGAACCAAUAAAAACGAAAUCAUGAAAAACAUAGAUAAAAUGUGAAAAAUGAUAAGGUUUUUAAAAAAGGUAACAUUUUUGUACCAGUUAAGAACUAUAGUUUCCAAGUACACCAUUCUGUCAGUGCUUCAGUUUGUGACCAGGUUGUGUACAAAAUGUUAUGUAAAUAUCACUGUUUUGUACAGUACGGAUUUAAUAAAAAGCUGUGUUUUGCUGG